AUGGGUCCUCAAGACCCACGGCUUGGGCCUGGCUCUGAGCAAGAUGUUGGGCAGAGUCUGAUCCAAGGACAUCUACCAAAGAUAUGGGGACCCGAGGACGGUUCUUCUAUAGAAAAACGUCACAGAAUCUUCAAGCCAAUGACCGCGGUCCUGUACCCCAAGGCACCCAAACGGCCGUUGAGUGACCAAGAGCGGGCCCUGCGACAGCAAAAGGGCAUCUCAGACAACUAUGAGGGCAACCCUGAGAACCCAAAGAACCAGUCGGCCAAUAUCCCCAACGAGGAGAAUUGUGCCUUGUUCUUGACCAACCUGCCCGCCCGGUGCAGCUACCAGACCCUCCUGCGGGCCAUCGCCCAGCACAGAAUGGGGCGGGUCUGGAGCACCUAUAUCAACAGCCCACUGGGCGAAGAGCAGCACGAGCACCAGCAACGCCAGGCACAAGACCCCAGCCCAGCCCACCACUACGGUGCCUCGAUCCGCGGCGACUUCAGGGUGGGCGGCCGCCGCAUCCACGCCAAGUGGAACCGGCACCGGACGGCGGCGCAGAGCUACGAGAACCCGACGUCGCGCGUCGUGGUCAUCUCGGGCCCCGCGGCCAUCGUGGACCGGCAGUGGCUGGGUGACCUCUUUGACCAGUACUUUGAGUAUCAGACGGAGGAGGUUCUGGUCCUGGCCGAGGGCAACGGCUGGCGGACGCUGGAGUGGCGGUUUGGGAGCAUGCGGGCCCAGGCGCACAGCGCGCACCAGCUGCUGCGGAGCCUCUAUCCGGGGGUGGUCACGGUCAAGUGGGCGGUGGACCCUUGUGCUGGGUACUUGAAGCUGUUGGGCGAGGUCUAG